AUGGUUGCCAUUGAGACUCUUGUGGCUAUCGCUGUGGCGAAGAUGGUAGCUCAAAAGAUCGCCAGCUGCAGCUUUGCUACCUUGAAGCCAUAUUGUUGUAGCUUGUUUUGCGCCUUCAGAGAUGAUCUGGAAGAUUUGGAGAAGGAACUUCUCUGCCUUGAAGCCCAGCUCAAGGAAAAAGACAAGUGGUUAUUUGGCAUCGAGGUUGCUGACGACGGCCAAGCCGUGCUGGCGCAAAGUUGGCAUCGAGAUGCAAAGCAGCUGGCUUUUGAGAUCGAAGACACCAUUGAUGAGUUUGUCUGCUCCGAAGAGCUCUACCAUGAGAGCACCUGUGCCCACAAGGCAUCAUUGCUCUGUUCGUAUUCAAAUCCAAUUGCAGCUAGAGCCUGGACAGUUAAAAGGAUGAUAUCGGAGACAAAGAAGCUGAAUUCAGCCAUCAAGUUAAAUGGGCGAUAUGGUACUGGACGUACUGGUAUUGAUUUAGAGUCAAGGUUUUCUGCUGAAAAAGAGACAACAUCAUAUGAUGGCCCUGAUCCAGUCAUUGGUAGGGUGAACGAUCUGGAGGCUAUUGUGGAUACUAUAAAGGAACAUGCAAAACGACUAUGUAUUAUCGCCAUAGUUGGGCCUGUAGGUGUUGGGAAGACAUGUCUUGCGCGCCUAGUAUUCAAUCACUUGGAUAGUGGGAGCAGAUUCACUCGUAGAAUUUGGGUUUAUGUACACAAGUCUUGUUCCAGAGUUGAUAUCAAAAGAAUUGCGAGACAAGUAAUUUCACAGGGUCUUUUGGCGGGCCAGGAACGACCAAAUGCUGAUUACACAAUGCAGGAAAUUACAACUAAGGUUCAUGAGAUACUUAAAAGAGAAAGAUGCCUCAUCAUACUAGAUGGCUUGUGGGGCUCAGAUGAUGACGUGUGUUCUCUGAAACAGAUGUUCACAAGUUGUACUGAGGAGACAGAAAGUGUAAUCAUUGUGACCACCCACAAUGAACAAAUUGCUCAACACAUGUCAACUGUUCCAUUGUACAGAUUGGCUCCUAUGCUUGAAGGUGAUUAUUGCUCGGAUAUCUUUGUGAGCGCAUUGCGUGGUCAUAAUUCACUCUUCCCUAGAUACAGAAAGGAAAUUAUUUCAAGGUGUGAAGGCAUACCUCUUGUUGCUGAUUUCCUGGGUUCUAUUGUACGUAAUGGUGGAUGGGAUCAGCGUGCCGUUUGGGAAAAUGCUAGGGGCAAAGAUUUGUGGAAAUUAGAGGAGGAUUAUGCAACUACUCUAAGCAAGGAGUUGACUUUGUUUGCUCCCUUCAGGCUAAUGUUCUAUAAUAUACCUCAUGGUCUGAGAUUGUGUUUUGCAUAUUGCUCAGUCUUCCCUAAAGGAUCUAGUAUACAUAAGAGAAAACUUAUUCAGCAGUGGAUUUCACUUCACAUGGUUGAGUCUGCAACACAUGGGUCUGUUUCGGCAGAAAUGAAUGCCGAGAACAUCAUAAAGCAACUAAAGUCUAUUCAUCUCCUUCAGGUUGAGGACGAUGCUGAAGGAAACUCUGGCGCAACAGGUGAGGUGCUACGCAUGCAUUACAUGGCAUAUGAACUGGCCCGUUUCAUCUCGCACAAAGAUAUCCUUGUGGUUUUAGAAGGUGAAGAGGCAGUCAGUUCUUUUCCUGAAGAAAAAGAAGAGGCUGGUCGGACAUGUUGUUUUUCUCAAGAAAAGGAACAGGGCAUUUUGACUUAUUGUGACCAUCGCUAUGCACAGCUCCCAGUUUUUACCAAGUACCGUCCACAAAAGGUCAGGUCACUAAUUCUGAGACCCACAGCCGAUCUGCAGGAACUCAAACCUGGGAUUCUUAUCGCUGUCAGUGAAGUGAUCUCAGGAAAUAAGUACUUGCGUGUCUUGGAUCUUAGUGGAUGUGGUAUCACGGAACUGCCAGCUUGUGUUUGUCAGCUGAAGCAAUUAAGGUACCUUGACGCCUCAAGGUUGGACAUGAAAGAACUGCCUUGUGUGGAGAACAGUUUGAGAAAGCUUGUUUACCUGAACCUACAAGACUGCCGCAGUCUUGGAAGUGUGCAUGUGUCCUUUGGCAUGCUUCCUAGUCUAAAAUAUCUUAAUUUAUCAUUGUGUGUUAGUCUCACAAAAUUGCCUGCAUCAUUCAGGAGACUAAGAACACCCCGGCGUCAUUGCACAAUUGACUUGUCUGGUUGCCAGGAGAGUGUAAUGGUACAAUUUAAUUCUGAACUGCAAGGUGAGCAAACUCAGACAGAGAAGAUUCCUGACCCUCAACCUGAUCAGCGUCCUCAGCCAGACAAGGAUCCAAAUACCGAACAUGAUCGACACUCUCAACCAGGCAGGGUACCUUAUUCUCAGCCUGAUAAGGUUCCAGUUCCUCAACCCAGCCAGACAGAAAUAUCUUCCAUGGAAGACAAAAUUAUGGGAAGCCAUCCAGAGUUUGCAUUGGAAUCAACUUCACCGUUAGAUGUAGCCAAUGAACCAGAGGAAUCUCAGUCCUCGCUGGAAACUAAUGGAGGACAUUAUGCCUCACUAUCAUCAAGCAACUCAACAAAUGGGGCUCUAUAUGAUGGCAAAACAGCAGAAUGGGACAGAUUUCCUCAUGCAGUUAUCAAGAUGCCAAGGAAUUUCCAAAAGUAA